GAUUUUAAAACACGGCGCUCGCCUGACCCGAAGCCCUCUAUCUGCCUUCGAGCAGGGUACUAAAUUCACUUUACCGUUGCCAAAUUCAUCCAACCGAGUUUCUUCUCAACUCAACGUGGUUUUGUUGUACAGAAGGGAUGGUCCAUUCUCAUCAGCAUCAUAAUAUCUGUGGAUCUCUUGUUCUACAGUCAGCUUCUCUAGUCAAAUAGCCAAAGAGCAAAGACAGGACAACAGCACAGAAGAAAAAAUCUGCAGAGUUAUAAACCCACCACGGUCAUCCUGGCUGAUCGCCUACGAGCGUUACGUCUCACAGACAACCAUACGACCAACAGAUCCAGCUAGUGGAUUUGUUUCCUGUUUUAGCAAACUGUCUGGAAUGAAGAUCCUACAUCUGCAGUGUCCUGGAUGCACACUGACCCCUGCUCUCUCUCCAUCCUACAAUCUGCAGUGUCCUGGAUGCACACUGACCCCUGCUCUCUCUCCAUCCUACAUCUGCAGUGUCCUGGAUGCACACUGACCCCUGCUCUCUCUCCAUCCUACAUCUGCAGUGUCCUGGAUGCACACUGACCCCUGCUCUCUCUCCAUCCUACAAUCUGCAGUGUCCUGGAUGCACACUGACCCCUGCUCUCUCUCCAUCCUACAUCUGCAGUGUCCUGGAUGCACACUGACCCCUGCUCUCUCUCCAUCCUACAAUCUGCAGUGUCCUGGAUGCACACUGACCCCUGCUCUCUCUCCAUCCUACAAUCUGCAGUGUCCUGGAUGCACACUGACCCCUGCUCUCUCUCCAUCCUACAAUCUGCAGUGUCCUGGAUGCACACUGACCCCUGCUCUCUCUCCAUCCUACAUCUGCAGUGUCCUGGAUGCACACUGACCCCUGCUCUCUCUCCAUCCUACAUCUGCAGUGUCCUGGAUGCACACUGACCCCUGCUCUCUCUCCAUCCUACAUCUGCAGUGUCCUGGAUGCACACUGACCCCUGCUCUCUCUCCAUCCUACAUCUGCAGUGUCCUGGAUGCACACUGACCCCUGCUCUCUCUCCAUCCUACAUCUGCAGUGUCCUGGAUGCACACUGACCCCUGCUCUCUCUCCAUCCUACAAUCUGAGAUAAUAGUUACUAUUCCACUUGGUCAGGUGGUUGGGUCAGGGUGAUCUGGGAGGGUUGACACAGUUAGUUAUAUAAUACAUGUGUUUUUUUAACAUGCAGAAUAUGGUGCUGGUUUGUUACUCUCAAUGACUAACCAAUCAUCUCGAGAUUGAACUAAUAACCAACCUAUCAGAAAUGGGCUGCUUGAACUAAUAACCAACCUAUCAGAUAUGGGCUGCUUGAACUAAUAACCAACCUAUCAGAAAUGGGCUGCUUGAACUAAUAACCAACCUAUCAGAUAUGGGCUGCUUGAACUAAUAACCAACCUAUCAGAAAUGGGCUGCUUGAACUAAUAACCAACCUAUCAGAAAUGGGUUGCUUGAACUAAUAACCAACCUUUCAGAAAUGGGCUGCCAAUAAGAAUAGAUGUUACGUUGUCAAAAUACAGAAUAUCACAGGCACCAUAAACUACCAUGAAAGAAAAACAACAGUAGCAAGACCUUGUACGGAUGAGGAAAUAUAUGUGAUUUGGAUAGUAUGUUUUGGAAAAAGGGAUAGAAGGAUGAAUCUUGUACAAGAGAAAGAAAUGAAGAAUCCCAGUUGAGAGAGGGUAGAGAGAGAGAGAGAGAGAGGGAGAUAAAUAGAGGGAAUGAGAAAGGAGAGAGAGAUAAAUAGAGUUUAAAUGAGAGAAAGAGUGAGAGAAAAGAGCAAGAGAGAGAGAGGGGGAGAGAGAGGAAUCAAGCAGAGUGAGCUUCCAUCUGCAGCUUGGCUGGGCCCUGCUCUGGGAGAGAGGGAGGGAGGGAGUCAGUCAGGAGACAUGCCUUCUGGCAGGAAUCUAGCUGUAGAGCUGUAGAAGAGACAGCUGUGUUUGGUGGAGGUAUUUUUAAACGCAUCAAUGCUGCUCCAAUCCCCUCGCCUCAGCCCUCCUAUUUAUAGCUGGGGCCGGCCAUUGUUCUAUUUCUGUCACCUGUGGGCCACGCUGUUGUUAAUUCACAUGCAAAUGAAGCUUGCACCCUCUCCGGCUCAAGCAUUACUUUCCUGUGAGAGGUGGACGGGUAAACAGUGCACGGCUUAGCUCAUCUCUGACUAGUACACCCCCCAUUGGAAGGUUGAAACACAGGCAGGCUCACUCUCACCGCUCAGACAUUACUGAGAGAGGAACAGAGAGGAGAAGACAGACAGACGAGAGAGAGAGAUCAGAGGGAAUAAGAGCAGGGUAGUAGCUCAGUGUCACAACAAGAGAAGAGAAUCAGACUGCCAGGCAUCUUCUAACUCUGUCUGAACAGGGACUUCUUGACUGAAGCUCUGUGCUCUAUGGUGCUGUGUAGUCACAGUAUAGUGGGGAAAGCCUCACAGAGGGAGUGUGUGGUGUGGUUAUUGUAUUGCGUUUCAGCACAGCAAGAGAGAGAGAGUUUCCUCAGAGGAAAAGGAGGAGAGCUGUUUCUGUCUCUAGUCUCCGUACGCCGUCGUGGUCGUUCCCCUGAGUGCACUGCUGUGAGAGGGUUGGCUCUUUAGGGACAGGAAGAGCAGGACUUGCGAUGCGACCUGAGCGCUGAGUGGAGUAUGCUACAGACGAUUUACGAGAGCGAGUCAAAUUUCUCCACCACAACAAACAAGCUCGUUGUCCACCAGCAACUCUUGGACCAGCAGAAGAUGCACAACGUUAACUCAGUGGACAUUAAGCCAGAGGUACUUUUGGAUCCCGUGUCUCCGUUGGACCUGCGUACAGACCUGAGGAUGCUGGGGCCUGGCUCAGACCCGGGAAUGUGGGAGCGUCAGUUGCAGCAGGAGCUGCUCCUCAUCCAGAAACAGCAGCAGGUCCAGAAACAGCUGCUGAUCAGCGAGUUCCAGAAGCAGCAUGAGAAUCUGACCCGCCAGCACCAGGCCCAGCUCCAGGAGCACCUCAAGCUCCAGGAGCACCUCAAGGUGCUUCAACAAAGUACUGAGCUGGUGGAGAAGGAGAGGAGGCAGCAGCUGCAGCAGCAGCAGAGCCAGCAGGAGAAGGAGCAGGAGAGACAUCGCAGGGAGCAGCAUGUCCUCUGUCUCAGCCUCAGGGGCAAGGAGCGCACCAGAGAGAGUGCUGUGGCCAGUAAUGAGGUGAAGCAGAAGCUCCAAGAGUUUCUGUUGAGUAAAUCAAACAAGGACCUGUCUACUGCCGGAGCCACACACAUGCUCAUCCACCACCCCAAGCUCUGGUACACGUCCUCCCACCACACGUCUCUGGACCAGAGUUCUUCUCCCCUGGGAGGCAUGUCUCCUGUCUGCCACUACACACUCCCCUCCCCUCAGGACGGACAGGACGACUUCCCACUGAGGAAAACAGCCUCAGAGCCCAACCUGAAGGUGAAGUCUAGACUGAAGCAGAAGGUAGCAGAGAGGAGGAGUAGUCCACUGCUGAAGAGGAAAGACAGCAACGUCAUGACCCCCUACAAGAAGAGGGCCCUAGAAAUGAUGGACUCUACAGUAACUAACAGUGCCCCAGGCUCAGGACCCAGCUCUCCCAUCGGAGCCUCCAGCGCCCUGGGGGCUGAGAACGGGCCCUCCUCUCUCCCCACCACCACAAAAACCGAGCGCUGGCCAUCACAGCCUAGGUUAUUUCGUCCAGAGGGCUCCAUGUCCAACCUUCUGAGCUUAUACACGUCUCCCUCCUUACCCAACAUCACCCUGGGCCUCUCCGCCACCUCCUCACAGAUCAACGCUGCCAUCGGGCUGAAGGAGAAGACUGGGGAGGUCAGGCAUGGUCUACCAGGGCAGCUCCUGGGGCCUGUGCCCAUGCCCACGGUGACCUCCAUGGAGACCAAGGUGUCCCCCAGCCAUCAGGCUCUGCUCCAACACCUCCUUCAGAAGGAACAGAUAAGACGCCAGAAGAUCCUCUCCUCCUCUGGUCAAGGCUCCAUACCCGCCCACCCCCACUCCCCUCUGGCCAUGAAGGACAGGCCCUCCUCCAACAGCAGACCCAAGCUACCCAAGCACAGGCCCCUGAACCGGACCCAGUCAGCCCCUCUGCCCCAGAGCACCCUGGCUCAGCUGGUCAUCCAGCAGCAACACCAGCACUUCCUGGAGAAGCAGAAACAAUACCAGCAGCAGAUCCACAUCAAUAAGCUGCUGUCCAAGUCCAUCGAGCAACUCCGUCAGCCCAGCUCCCUGGUCAACCCACACCUGCAGGAGUCAGAGGAGGAGGAGGAGGACAACACCCGGAGGAUGGCGGAUGAGAGGAUGGACAUGCAGGAGGACAGGAUGCCCCCUGGUGGCGUGAUCCAGAAACACACCCUUCGCUCCAGCAACAGCAGUGGCAGCAACAGCUCUCUCGGGGAGCUGUCCUCCAUCGUAGAGGCCCACCACCGCCUGGGGGUCAUAAAGGUCAAAGAGGAGCCAAUCGACAGCGAGGACGAGUCCCUGUCCAGUCAGAGCCUAGCGGCGGAGCAGAGGGCCUCACUCCACCAGGUCAAAGGUCAGCUGGUGAUAAGAGCUAUGAUCUGAGGGGGCAGAAGAUGAAGGAGAUCACACACUGCGACAUUCAUAGACGCAUACGUACACACAAACACACACACAGACACACACACACACACACACACACACACACACACACACACACACACACACACACACACACACACACACACACACUGCAGCCAACACACACACAGAGCCGACUAGGACUCCCCAGGCAGUCCUCUCCCUGCCCUGAGAUGUGACGCUGUCUCAGUGAAGUGCAGCCGCACCCCAAACCCCCACCAGACUGACUCUCUGUUUGUGAACUUUGUGAAGUGAUCUGUAAUGUAAAGUAUGUUUCACCGUGCUGUAUAUAACAGGAAGAGUAGAUCUACUAGAAGAGGCUCCUUCUUUUUUUACUUCUAAGGAACAGCUUUGAUUGUUUUCAGGUUCUGCUCAGUUGACAGAAUGUAGUAUGUAUGUAUACAGUAGAUUUAGCGUAAGAGAAUAUUCUAGAAGGGAUGGAAAGUUUAACCGUUGUACAGUUUAUGAAUGCCAUUUUAUGUUCCAAUAGUGUAACAUUUAUGCCAUCAAUUCACUUCAACUUUGACUUGCUGACUGUUGUUGUUUUAUUCAAAUGUCAUAUUCUCCCUCGUUCUCCAAAAAGCUGUGAUGUUCUGUGUUCAGUCGUCUCUGAAAAUGACAUGAAAAUAAGGAAGCAUGCUCAUGUCUGUAUGAGAGAGAAUGUAUUGUUCAGGGAGGGAGGGAGGGAGGGAGGGAGGGAGGGAGGGAUGGAUGGAUGGAUGAUGGAUGGAGGGAGGGAGGGAUGGAUGGAUGGAUGGAUGGAUAGAUGAUGGAUGGAUGGAUGGUGCAGGCAGUCAGCUCCAUCAGACCAUAGGACCAGGUCUGCUUCUCAAAUGGGCAUCCCUUAGGCCUCAGGUUAAAAGUUCUGUGCUAUAUAGGGAAUAUAGCAAGAAUAAAACAACAAAAUCAUCCUGGUUUGCCACGGUCCUGUGUUGAGAUGCCGUGUCAUCUUCCUGGUUCUCCUCUUCCUCGACCUCCUUUUCCUUCUCUUCCUCCUCCUCCUACCCUCUGGGUCCAAAUCAAAGCUCAGCCAGGUUCCUGCCCAACUUUCAACAGAGGAUUCACUAACAGAGAGAAUGAGAGAGAAAGAGAGGGAGAGGGAGAGAGAGAGAAAUAGAAGAAGAGAAAUAGCGAGAGAGAGAGAGAAGGAGAGAAAGAGAGAGUGAGAGGGAGAGAGAGAGAAGGAGAGGGAGAGAAAGUGAGAGCGAGAGAGAGAGAGAGGAGAGAGAGAGAGAGAGCGAGAGAGAGAGAGAGAGAGAGAGAGAAAGAAGGAGAGGAGAGGAGAGAGUAGAGGGCGGGCAGGAAAUGCCUUCUAGAAGCCAGGAGUCGGAAUGAUUCAUGUGUGCAGGAAUGUUAGGGGAGAGGAGGACCCAGGGUUGUAGGAGUCCAAGGGGCCAGGCUUGAGAAUUGAUUUACUGUCAAGGCGAAUUACAAAGCGAGUGGGGAUAUGGUUAAGGGAGACCCUUUUUUAAAGGGAAUCGCUUCCUUCCUACUCCCCAGUGACAUGCUUACCUCCACACGCAGGUUUGAUGUUACUUCAAUAAAAUAAAAAACAAGAUGGGACCUCUCUCCUUCUCCCCAUCCCCCACCCCUGACUCCCUCUUGACAUUGCCCCAUGCAACAUGUCGACUCUGGUCUUAAAGUGGUCAAUCAAUGUAUGUAAAGCUGUAACUUUUCUUUCCUGUUUUGUUUGUCUUGUCAAUGUAUAAAAUAUGACUAUGGGGUUCUGUGUUUGGGUUCCUGUGAAAGACAUAAACUAUGUCUGUCAGUUUGUCUGUCUGCCUGUCUGACUCAUACUGUACAUUUAGCUCAGCCCAUUCUAAUGUUUGUAGUGUAAAAAUCACUUUCAAUUGGAACAAUGUCAGUCUUGUUCCCUUGCUUCUUUGAUUGGGCUGUAACGGGGCCCCUUCUCUACCCGUGGGGGGUCCCAGGAUUCUGUUCAUAGCUGUUUGCGUUUGUUCUCCUUUUUUCUGCCUUGUGCUACAAACCUUUCUUUUAUAAAAUAAAGUUCAUUCCCCAACUGUGCAA